GUUCAACGUAAUCUCAAUUCACAUCGCUCGCACGCCGGCGAUAACGAAGAAAACCAAUGGGCUCUGCAACCGAACACCGUCGUCUUCCCCGCCACCACCACUGCGUAAACAACAUCUCCCGUUUUAUCAAGUCCACUGCCACAAAUAUCUCAUCUAUCUUCAUCCAUAAAACUCCGAAUUCAAUAAACUCCGUUUCUUCCCCACCCAACAUAUUGCUCCCCUUUCCGCUCUCCCUACCAUCUAUAUCGUUAUCUGAUUCUUCUCCGGCUGAUCUGGAUUCAUUUUCUUCUUCUACGAGUCCCUCCGCCUCAUCUUCAUCAGCCAGGAGUAUGUCGUCGGAGUCGACCAGCUCAGGGUUUCCAUCGACUGUGAGGAUUUCUAAUUUGAAUUCGACAGGAAAUGGCGGUGGACCGGCGUUUGUAGGUCAGGUUUUUAGUAUGUGUGACCUUUCGGGAACUGGUCUCAUGGCUGUUUCUACUCAGUUUGAUAUCCCCUUUAUCUCCAAAAGAACACCACAAUGGCUUAAAAAGAUGUUUCAAGCAGUUAUAAAGAGUGAAAGAAAUGGCCCUGUUUUCCAAUUCUUUAUUGAUCUAGGAGAUGCAGUUUCAUAUGUCAAACGACUAAGUAUUCCCAGUGGGGUUGUUGGUGCCUGUCGCCUUGAUCUAGCAUAUGAACAUUUUAAGGAAAAACCUCACUUGUUCCAGUUCAUUCCAAAUGAGAGACAGGUCAAGGAAGCAAACAAACUUGUUAAGAACACACGAAAGAAAAAGAAAUUUGAAGGAGUUCCAGUUUUCACUGCACAAAACUUAGACAUUGCAAUAGCCACAUCUGAUGGAAUUAAGUGGUAUACUCCAUAUUUCUUCAAUAAAAGCAUGCUAGAUGACAUUCUAGAAGAUUCCAUUUGCUUGAAGACAAUACAGACAACGUGUGGGAACCCCCCUGAGGUUCAGGAAGUUUUGGAUGAAAUUGGUGCUCCUUCUAUACCAUUAAGUGUUAUUACAAAAGCUGCAGAGAUACAGCUUUUGUAUACAGUGGAUAAAGUGAUUCUUGGAAAUAGGUGGUUGAGAAAAGCCACUGGAAUUCAACCCAAAUUCCCGUAUGUGGUUGACUCAUUUGAGAAAAGGAGUGCAGCUUCUUUUCAAAGGGCAUCCAUGUUAUCUCAUGGUGGGGUUCCUGAUUCCGACAACAAACAACUCCAGCUUAAAACAGGAUUCCAUUCCCCCUUUGGAGAUUGGUUCACUAAUCAUGAUCAUAACCUUUCAGACAAAAGUGUGAAAGAAGAAGCGCACCUGAACCUGAACCCGAACCCGUUUCUUCCAAAAAUCACGAUGGUUGGUGUUGCAACGGGUGAGGCGGGGCCCAUGAGCAAGGCGACUUUGAAAAAAACAAUGGAUGAUUUAACAAAAGAAUUGGAAAACACGGAUGAUGGGAACAAUGGUAAUAAUGGUUUUAGUGAAAGUAAAUAUGAUAAUGAAAGGGACCCGCUUUUUGUGGCGAAUGUGGGUGAUUAUUAUUCGGGGCUGUCGAAAGCCAGUUCGGCUAGAUGGGUCCGCCCUCGAUCCACUAGAAGCUAAAGCUGAUAGCUGGAAGCUGUAACUUUUGGUUCUGCAAAAGCAGCUUUGAGAUUUUAGGUGUAACAUUACAUAAAACAUAAAAGUUUAAAAGUUACUAAAAGCUCGUUUGCCAAACAUGUCAUUAGAGUAGGAAUUGGAUAAUUUGGUAAUUAGUUGAUUUGUAAAUGUAUAUUAUGAUAAUGAUUGUCGUGUUGUAAGAUGGGAUUUUUUAUAUUAUUGGUUAGAUUAAUAAUAGUCGAGC